AUUGCAGGGCGCCUAUAAGUGUCCGGGUGACGACAUAAACCGGCGCGGUGUUUAGACUCCACUGAUGUCGUGGCGCUCAGAGGCAAAAAGUUGGUGCUCUGAGGGGCCCUGGGACUGAAGUCGAGGUCCGGUGACCCUGGCCCUUUCCUACCCACUCCUCCUCGCCCGCCCUUCCCUCUCCUGGCAGGAUGAGGCGUGCAGGCCUGGGUGAGGGAGCACCUCCUGGCAGCUAUGGGAGCUAUGGCUAUGCCAAUAGUGGAUAUAAUGCCUGUGAAGAAGAGAACGACAGGCUCACUGAAAGUCUGAGAAGCAAAGUGACUGCUAUAAAAUCUCUUUCCAUUGAAAUAGGCCAUGAAGUUAAAAAUCAAAACAAACUGUUAGCUGAAAUGGAUUCGCAAUUUGAUUCUACAACUGGAUUUCUAGGUAAAACCAUGGGAAGACUGAAGAUUUUGUCCAGAGGAAGCCAAACAAAAUUGCUAUGCUAUAUGAUGCUGUUUUCAUUGUUUGUCUUUUUUGUCAUUUAUUGGAUUAUUAAACUGAGGUGAUGCAA